AUGGCGCCUCGGCCCGCCGCCGUGCCGCUGCUUGCGCUGGCGUCCAGCGAGGCGCAGUUCCUCCUCCGGGCCUUGCGCGGCCAUGCGGACAUUCAGGCUGGCGAGGAGGAGCGGCAGGGUGCGCUGUUGGUCGGCUCCGCGGUGAACGUCCCCUCGCUCAAGGUGGCAACGUCGAACGUCUUGAAAGUGGCGACAAAGGGGAAGGCUCCCUGCGACCCGACGGAAAUGCCAGAGUGGGCGAAGGAUGCGUGCGACAAAAACACGCACGUGCGGGUGGCGCUCGUGAGAGGCAUUUCUUGCCAUGAAGCAGAGGAGACGAAGGCGGACGAGCUCCUGGCUGUCGUGGCGAAGGUGGCGGCCGACCCCGAGGCGGAGGUGCGUGCGGCGGUGGCCUUUGGAUGGAGUCUCAGACACGCCCUGGCGAAGGACUCCAAGAAGGAGGUCCGCGUGGCGGUGGCUGGAGGGCGAGCGCUGCAGGCGGCCUUUGCAUACAAGCCAACCGAGUCCUGGGCGGUGCUGGCGAACCUGUCGGACGACGCCGAUAAUGGCCAGGCGGUGUUGGAGGUCCGCGAGGCGGCCAUCAAGGCCCGCGUGGAACUGGCGCCCGGAAAUUACAUUUUUUUGGCCGACGAGAAUGAGGAGGGCCUGCCCUUCAUGACGAAGCUGGCGUCUGACCCCCUGAAGGAGGUCCGUUCAGCGUUGGUGGCAGGACCUGGUCUGCUCAAGGCCCUCAAGGGGAAGCCCAACGAGGCCGUUGCCAUUCUUAGGAAACUGGCGGCCGACGCGAAUGUGUGGGUUCGUGAGAAGGCGGCAGGAAGGCCUCUAGAGCGUGCCCUCAACCAGAGGUUCGACGAGUUGGUGCCCCUGCUCAAGCAGCUUCUGCGCGACGGCACCUGGCCCGCGCGCACCGCGGCCGCCGGCGGCCCGCUUUGCAAGUUCGCCCGGGAGAUGUCGAUCGAGAAGGCGAAGGACCUCGUCGAAGAGAUAAGAAGUUACCAAAAUGAAGACACAAGCGAUGCAACUAACUGUGCUGCAGCGACGCUCGCCGCCAAAGCAGAGAAGGCCGAAGCCGAGCUGCAAGCGGAGAUCGCCAAGAACGAGACGGCCAAGGCAGCGGCUGCACAGGCCGAGGCGGAGGAGCAGGCUCGCAUCGCCAAGGAGGAGCACAGGAAGGCAAUGGCUGCGGAGGAACACGCCAACUUGCUGGCGAAGCUCGCGGAGGACGAGAAGGGAAAGGCAGCUGAUGCACAGGCUGAGGCCAAGCUGCAGGCGGAGAUCGCCAAGAACGAGACGGCCAAGGCAGUGGCUGCCCGGGCCGAGGCCGCGGCGAUCGCCAAGAACGAGACGGCCAAGGCAGUUGCUGCGCAGGCUGAGGCCGAGGCGCAGGCGGAGGUCGCCAAGAACGAGAUGGAGAGGAACAGGAGGCUCCACUUCAUGCUCGUGCUCUUAUGCGCGGUGUCCCUGGCGAGCGUCGUGAUGGCUUGGCACGGCCAGCGGUUGAGAGCCAGGUGCAGAUUGCGGAGGCGAGCCGCACGCAUAGAACGACAGCUCCAGAGUGCCAAAGCAAAGAGCAGUCCAACAUCGCACGACUUCUACUUUGUAGACGCAGCGAAGAUCCGAGCGUUCACGGGCGUGAAGCUGCCUCACUGCCACGAGCUGAGGUCCGAGGGCUGGCUCUCCACCACGAAGUGGUCGAUGGGAAGGGCCAUCCGCGGUGCGUAUGAGAACUACAUCGUGAUCUCGCACCGGUGGCAUACGCCUGGCGACCCGGACACCAAAGGACAGAAGCUGAAGGUCUUGCAGAAGUACCUCAGGAACACCUAG